CUAACGAUGAGUCAUAAUUUGUCCUGGUUAACAAACCUGGUACGGGUAACUUAUAGGCCCAGCUCUUGCCGUCUACCAGGAUAACAUUAUCGAUGGGACUGUCAAUAUUCCCAAGGCAUGCAACUUUUCAAAAUAAUACAAGUAUCAAGAUAAACGGACACUUUAAAGAAGAGCAGAUCUUGAAAGCUUGAUCAUCCGCAUCUGGCAGUGGAAGAAAGCAAUACGGACUUCGAUAACCGCUGAACCUGAAGGCGGGACCAGCAAUGUAAAGCACUUCCCAACGCACUGGCAAUCCCGCACGAGCUUUGAAGAAGCCUUUGACAAGUUCCCAGCUUGGCAUCACCAGGAUGAAGGUUCUGGCUCCCGUUGCUGUUUUCGCCUCGAGUCUGCUGCUCGCGCCCAAUGCGGUGUGGGCUGCAUGUUCCAGCUGGUCGUCGCUCUAUCAGGACGUAUUGGAGGGCGUCUGUGUCUGUAACGCAACCCAAUGUGACACUAUCGUCGGCGACCACGCGAACCUCAAGGAGGGUGAAGUGGGGAUCUACACUACGGCUAAGGCCGGCGCUCGCUUAAAGUACACGGUUGGGAAGAUCGAUGCGUCCCCGGUUGACGAACCCACGUACACCAUCGAUGUGAGUACGCAAUACCAGACCAUGCUCGGCUUCGGUGGGGCUUUCACGGACGCAGCGGCCAUCAACCUGUACAAAUUGUCUCCCAAACUGCAGCAAUUGGCACUGGACCAAUACUUCACCGAGGAGGGUCUCCAGUACAACAUGGCUCGAGUGCCUAUCGGCUCCACCGACUUCUCAACGAGAACCUAUACAUACAACGAGAAGGUGGAUGACUUCAAGAUGACCAACUUCACUAUUGCCUCCGACAAGGCUCCAUUCUCGAACAAGAUCGACCUGAUCCAGCGCGCACUGAAUAUGACCGAGCUGAAGUUGUUUGCGUCUUCGUGGGCACCUCCGCUUUGGAUGACGAGAGGAGACUCGGUGGUCGAUUGUAAGAUGAAGGGAAAGCCCGGCGAGAAGUACUGGGCCGCGCUGGCACUGUACUAUUCCAAGUUCUUCGACGCCUAUAAGGAGGAGGGAAUCAACUUCUGGGCUAUGACAGUCCAGAAUGAACCUGAGAAGCCCCCGCUUGCUGUUUCGCAGUGGGAAACAAUGCGUUUGACUGCCGAGGAAGAGAGAGAUUUUAUUAAACUGAACCUCGGUCCGUUGAUGGCCAAAAACCACCCCGAUCUGAAGAUCAUGGCCAACGACGACCAGAAACCCGGUCUCUUGGAUCGCUCGGCGCCGUUUGAUGACCCAGAGUCGAAGAAAUACUUGAGUGGCCUUGCCUUCCACUGGUACCAGAAUCUUGACUUUAUUCUACCAGGCGCUGGCAACUUUAAGAACUUGGAGAAAUUCCACAAGGCACAUCCCGACAUGUUCAUGCUCGGAACAGAAGCGUGUGAAGGAUUCUUGCCCGGCAUCAUCGGUACUGGCAAGGGACCCUCUCUGGACAAUCCAAAGAAGGCUUGGAAGCGCGCGCAGAAUUACGCGCGUGACAUCAUUGAGAACAGCAACAAUAUGGCUGCCGGCUGGGUCGACUGGAAUCUGUUCCUGGACACGGACGGUGGUCCGAAUUGGGCAAAGAACAUGGUGGACGCGCCGAUUCUUGUUGAUGAGCAGAAUGGCGCCGAGUUCUACAAGCAACCAAUGUUUUACAUAAUGGGUCAUUUCUCGAAGUUUGUGCCGCCGGGAUCGAAGCGCAUCGAGUUCCCGAAGACAGAGACAAUUAGCGACUUCCACCGCUGCGCUUUCGUUACGCCGGACAACCAAGUUGUGAUGCAGUUCUUGAAUCGCGACGACGAUCCUGUUAGUAUUAGCGUCAAGCAGACGGAUUCGAACACAAUCUCGCUGACAAUACCGCCCAACUCGAUGUCGACAGUGAUCCUGCCAGCCUCCGAGGACACCAAAAUCCUGUAGACUGUUUAAUGGGCAUCGCAAGCUAGCAAAAACACGGAAAGUGGUGUUCGUUUCCGAUAUCAAUCGUGCUUUUCACUUAAAUAAAAUAGAUCGUAAAAUUGCUAGC